AGUAUAUAUAUACUUUUGCAACUACUGAUUAUUAUGUAUAAAAAAAGACUAAUCAGACAGAAAAUGGUUUUUCCUAAUAGUUACAAACUAUACUAAUGUGGAAGUGGAUUCCUCUCUUACACAAGUCUCUCCUAUUUAUAUAUACACACACUAAGAUAUAUAAGAAAGAAAAGGUUGUGUUGGUUUAAGGACUAAUUCAACAAAUAACAAUAUGUAUCCUGCCGUAAAUGAAACCGAUCAUGAUCAUGUAUAUGCAGCUAAUAAUCAUAGCCAUCCCCCUCAAGGCUAUGUCAUGCAAAUGCCAAGUUAUGGCAUACCACAUCCUUAUCCUCCUCCUCCCCCUCCUCCUCCAUAUAACAGCAGCAGUUCAAGGGCCAUCCCAAGAACACAUCACUGGUCAACUGGUCUAUGCCGUUGUCUUGAUGAUCCUGGAAUCUGUUUGGUCACUGCCUGCUGCCCUUGUGUUACUUUUGGAUUGAUAGCAGAGAUAGUAGAUAAAGGCGAUCCAAGUUGCACUUGUAAUGGAACAAUUUAUGGGGCACUAUUGGGUUUGACAGGACUUGCAUGUUUGUAUUCAUGUUAUUAUAGAUCCAAACUGAGGGCACAAUAUGACUUGCCAGAGGCACCUUGUAUGGAUUGCUUAGUUCAUUUCUGUUGUGAAACUUGUGCUCUUUGUCAGGAAUAUAGAGAGCUCAAAAACCGUGGAUUUGACUUGAGCAUAGGGUGGGAAGCCAACAUGGAAAGACAAAGACAAGGAUCAGUUACAGUUACAGUGGCACCACCAAUGAUUUCACCAGCUAUGACGAGAUGAAAAAAUAAUGAAACCUUUUUAGGAGCUUCUUUCACUAGCCAUGGCCAUGGGAACGGUUGAUGUUGUUUCAACUUUUUGUUUUGUAUAUAUUUUGUUUGUUUUUUGGUUUAAGUGGUUUUUGUUAAACUCAUAUUUUUGUCUUAUAUCAGAAUGUAAUCCAAAAAGUUUCUCUGGUCUAAAAGUCAAAAGAUUAGGACAUACUAUUUGACAGGACAACAAUAAGUUGAAUUAGUUGCUUUUAUUUUGAGAGGAGGGUUGUUGUUCUUAGGAGUUUACCUCUUGUGUGAAUUGUGUUGUGCACAGUUGGGACAGCAAUCAAAUAAAGCAAUUCAACAGGUUGUUAAGCUCAACUUGAUAGUGUUGUAUACUUAAAUACAAUAUGAGGCCUCAUUAUAUAUUCAUCAUGUACUUAAACAUUUGUAAAUUGCAAAUUUUAUGUCAAAAAAAAAUUAUGCAGACAAGUGUUAAUUAGUUUUGUCAGGGCAGGGAGAAAUCUUAAAAGAAGAAUUGAAUCUUAAAUUUAUUACCACAACCUUUAAUGUCUUAACUCAAACCAUUGGACUAUUACAUUGAUGUUUUUAAAAUUGGAACCUAGAGCAAAACUUCGGAGCUAAAGUUCAUUUGAUUUAAUUUCAAGUGAUUAUUAAUUUUAUGUCUCUAAAAUU